CCGACCAGGUGGCGGCGGGCGCCUUUUAGGGGUGCGCGGUCGUGCAAUUGGUGGAUUUUUUUAAACCGUUUUGGCAGGGGGGGCGCGGCGUGGGGGGCGGCGAGCGCGGCUGAUCCGGCGGCGCCUCCUGCUGCGCUCCUCGCCUCCCGCGCUCCUCUCCCCGGCUCGGCCGAGCGCGCUCCCCGACGCCGCAGCCCCGAGCCGGGCAGCGCCGGGCGCCGACAUGAAGGUGCUGGGACACAGGAUCGAACUGCUGACAGGGCUCCUGCUCCACGAGGUGACCAUGGCCGGGCUGCAGGAGCUGCGAUUCCCGGAGGAGAAGCCGCUGCUGCGGGGCCAGGACGCCGCCGAGCUGGAGAACUCUGACACCUUCCUCCUGGCUGUGGACACAGACUGGAAGGAACAUGACAUUGAGACACCUUAUGGCCUUCUGCACGUGGUGAUCCGGGGCUCCCCCAAAGGGAACCGCCCAGCCAUCCUCACCUACCAUGACGUGGGCCUCAACCACAAGCUGUGCUUCAACACCUUCUUCAACUUCGAGGACAUGCAGGAGAUCACCAAGCACUUCGUGGUGUGCCACGUGGAUGCCCCCGGGCAGCAGGUGGGGGCGUCGCAGUUUCCUCAGGGGUACCAGUUCCCCUCCAUGGAGCAGCUGGCCGCCAUGCUCCCCAGCGUGGUGCAGCACUUUGGGUUCAAGUACGUGAUUGGCAUUGGAGUGGGAGCCGGAGCGUAUGUGCUGGCCAAGUUUGCUCUCAUCUACCCCGACCUGGUGGAGGGGCUGGUGCUGAUGAACAUUGACCCCAAUGGCAAAGGCUGGAUCGACUGGGCAGCCACCAAGCUCUCCGGCCUGACCAGCACUUUACCCGACACGGUGCUAUCCCACCUCUUCAGCCAGGAGGAGCUGGUGAACAGCACAGAGCUGGUGCAGAGCUACCGGCAGCAGAUCGGGAACGUGGUGAACCAGGCCAACCUGCAGCUCUUCUGGAACAUAUACAACAGCCGCAGAGACCUGGACAUUAACCGGCCUGGAACAGUGCCCAAUGCCAAGACGCUCCGCUGCCCCGUGAUGCUGGUGGUCGGGGAUAAUGCGCCUGCUGAGGAUGGGGUGGUCGAGUGCAACUCCAAACUGGAUCCAAGCACCACGACCUUCCUGAAGAUGGCAGAUUCUGGUGGGCUCCCCCAGGUCACACAGCCUGGGAAGCUGACGGAAGCCUUCAAAUACUUCCUGCAAGGCAUGGGCUACAUUGCGUACUUGAAGGACCGAAGGCUGAGUGGAGGAGCAGUGCCCUCGGCCAGCAUGACCCGUCUCGCCCGCUCUCGCACCGCAUCGCUCACCAGCGCCAGCUCGGUGGACGGCAGCCGCCCGCAGGCCUGCACCCACUCGGAGAGCAGUGAGGGGCUGGGCCAGGUCAACCACACCAUGGAGGUGUCCUGUUGAAGCCCUUGGUCCCUCGAAGACGCCCACCUGCCCCCGCCCACAUCGCCGUCCCACUGCCAUCCUCGCGCCGGCUCAUUUUCCCUUUAGUUUAUUUUUGUGAGGGCAAAAGGGAGGAAGUGGGGUUACUUCUCUUUUGGUUAAAAAGAUGAAGGGAUCUAUCUUAGGUGCUGCAACGGAACAGUCUCCAGAUGGUUUGAGGGGCUCACUUCCCCCCCACACUUUGUUAACUUGCUUAGCUGACUUAGACUCCUCUCUUCCAACUGCUGAUGGCCUAGGGACCGUCGGGGGGCGGGGUCCUGGGAGGAAGGGAAUUAACUAAGGAAAGAGUUUGAGUCCUUCUCUGGCUAGGAUCCAGGCUAAUAUCCUGGGUUAAAGAAGGAGCAAGGGAUGACCUCGUUGGGCAGGCAGGUUUGAAGAUGGGAUGGGGUUUUGGGUGGUGGGCACUGGGACAGCAGGAGCACGAGGUCUAACUCCUGGCAUGAGAGCCAGGAGACAGCAGCAGGGAGCGCUGGGAGGCAGGGAGCCCUGGAGCUCUGCAGGCCCCUUUCCCCUAACCCUUCCACCCAACACGUGUGUUUGUCUCGUAGCACAUGUGACGAUCAUCUGAACAGCAGCCACAAGGGGGCACUCGCAGGGCUGGUGCUGCAGGGCCAGGCAGGCAGAAGCUGAAGAGGGUUUUCCUGCCCAAGGAUAGAACAGGCCGGACCUUGAGGGCAGGAACUCCAUGAAUUGUCCCUUCCAGCCCACACUCUCUGCCACCUCCUGGCCCUGUCCCAUUUCUAAGCCUGAGGCAGAAAGUCGCCUGGUCCUCUGUCUCCGUAGGGACCAGACAUGGGGGCUGAGGUUAAAGGCUGGGAUAGUCUGUGAGUGCUGGCUGCACCCCUGAGAACUUCGUGGGGACUGCCGUGGGGAGCCAGCAGGAGCGGGGCAGAGAUUCCUCUAGACCCCUUUUUUGCUCCCAGUUUCCAUGGAGGACAACCCAAUCAGCAGCAGUAUAGCCAAGGCCUCCAGAAACGUGGAGAAAUACCUAGGGAGAGUUCUGGUCAAGCCAUGCCAGUGUCGUGCAAGCAUCACUAGGAAGGGAAAGUUUAUUUGGAGAGGACUGGUCCAAGGUUGCGGGACUUCACAGUCCCACAUCACCUUCUCAGCCUGUUAGAGUGGGCUGGGCCUGGGGCUCCCUGGGUCCUGGGGUGGGAGGUGAAGGUUCCUGAAAAGAGCAAGGGGCAGGCAGAGGAGAAAGGCUCCCCACACACCCCAGCCCCUGCCUGCCACCUGAAGCCUGUCACCUGAAGUAUACUGCCAUCCACUCACCUUAUCAGGUAGAAUCUCCUGGCCCAGAAACCAGAAGCCAUUUGUCUUUGAGCCUAAAUCAGUUGCCACAAGCCCCCAGACGAGUGAAGACAGAGGGGAGAGAGCAGUGAAAACUGCAGGGCUGUCGGAGGGGGGAGUGUGGGGGGUGAGGGGGUGCUGGGAGCCUGAGAGGACACUGCAUCCCCAUUUCCUGUGCACACAUCGCUCCUUUCUAUAAUCUUAAGCCAUUACUAGACUGCUCUGGAGCCCGGUGGAGUGUAGUCUGCCCCCAGUCCUGUUUACUCACCUGCUUCCCUUGAGUAUCGAAUGUGACUGUUUGAAAAGCUGGUAGAAUUAAUCCCUCUUACUGUAGGUAGCACUGCGACUCUGGGAUUUUUUCUUUUCUGCUGUGUUCUUUCAGAUGAGAUAUCUAUAAAUAUCUAUACAUUAUAUAUAUAUAUAUGUAUAUUGGGUCCUCUUGCGUGUGGUUUUCCAUCAGAGGCUGUCUCUUUGGUCAAAGUGAACUUUUAAUGGAGUUUAUUAUUUUCCUCUCUGUACAAAGUGAAGAGCCUAAUUUUGUGUAUUCUGGUGGCUGAUGUCAUGAGAUUUUGAGAUGACAAAAUAUAAAACAAAUAAAAAUCCUUGUCAACGUAGAGAGAGUUAACUGUGCUGAAAAACUAAUAAAGAAACUAA